UUUGGUCUUUUGAAGGCGGUUUGUUUGGAAUUGUUCUACUGCCAGAGACGGUUUAGAACAGAGGAUCUUUACUACUGCCAUCGUACAAACCAAUACAACUAUAUAAUACAGCUAGCUACGUAUCAUUAAAACUAGCUACUGUCCGAAGAAAAAUGGAUGAAUCUACGAAACGCUUACUGCAGCGACUCAUUAGACGGAUACCGACUCAAAUGCUAAGAACAACGCUGGACAAGUGGGGCCGUUUGACUGGGGGACAGCUGCACUCCAUGGAUUUUACUCAGUCAAAAUGGGCGUUAACGGAAAAACUACUCGCCAUUUGCGAGGAAAAUAAGUUUGCAGUUAAACACAUCACAGAACUCGAGAUGAUAUAUAUCAUUGACAAUCCAAACCAAGGAAUGUGGUAUGCCUUCCAGCUCAUGGACCCUGAAGAUGAUGCUCACUCUGUAGAGCUGACCCAGUUCAAGGAACAAUUUAAAUCUCACCUCAGAGAGCUCAUAAGACAUGUGUCUGUCAAAAUGAAGAAGCACACAGAUGAAGCUGUAUGGAUUCGGAUUGCAUGGGGAGACACCUUCUCUCGGCCCAACCACAUGAAACCAACAUAUGUUGUUCACUCUCUUCAAACCCCUUAUGUCUUUGUGACCAGCCUGACUUCGAAGCAAAAGCCCCUGUUAUCCCAGGCCUUGGUUCUGUCCACCAGAUAUCAAGCUAUCAAGGAUGCUAACCUCAGUGGGCGGAAACUCACUGCCAUUAGAGACCUGCUGAUGAGGCAAUAUCACCAGGUGUUUCCCACCAGGUAUCCCACCCCUCUUGCAGAAAAUAAUCCAGCUGUCUCAAACCAACACAUAGAAAGAGAACAAGCUGAGUCUGCAGCAAACCGACUUCAGGCAGCCUGUGAGGCCUUUGGUGGUGGGAUGUUACCUCAGCUACAGUCUGCAGUUUACAAGCUGGAGACAAAAUUCCGAGACCACAGCAACAAGACCAUGACAGAGCGGGAGGAGCCCUUCAGAUGUGUUGUCAAAUUUGCAAGCACCAACCUCCUGGAGUCACUCAGACACUGUGCAUCUUCAGGAAUUGCCUCCACCCCUGUCACACCUCUGCUCUCCUCUAUCCCCCUAAAAGGAAAGAAUUAUUUUGUUAUCACAGACAAUGGCCCAGGUCCCUCCUCACAAAUGCGCCAACCACAGAAAUGAUGGGUGACAGGCACUUGAUUUAAAAGUCCAGUGUGUAACCUGUUUAGUUAUUCAUUAUCAAAAAUCUGUGUUGCCUGUUCACAAACUUUUCAUGGAUAUUUACCACCACCAUCAAUUCCAAGUAUUCCUUUUGGCUUGAAAUUUUACAUUUGCACGAACUGGGGUAGACAAUCCAUAUUACGAUACGAUAAACUAACAGGUGCUGCUAAUGGGUAUUGUAGCUUCCCGGCCCCGGCAAGUUUGAAGAAGGAAACAUGGAGGACCACAUGUAUUCACAAUCCAAAUUUCAGGAAAUU